AUGAGGAAACAGAACAUUAAGAUACCGGCAUAUAAAACCGGAGAUCUAAAAAUGAAUUUAACUAGUUUAUCAGGAAUUGCAAAAAUUUGUUUGGCCUCAGUUCUUUUUUUUAGUAUCCAAAUCAACUCUCAAUAUGUGAGAGUACCUGUGGAGACCUGCCCAGGUAAUUUUGCACUUGUUAACGGAGUUUGUGUUCAUCAAAUUGAGACACAAAAAAUUCCUGUUUGUCCAGAGGGGUUUGUAUCUAAGGGAUCAGAAUGUUACUUAGCAGAGCCUCUACUGAAGGAGUGCCCCACAGGUUUUCAGAUGCAAGACAAACAAUGUGUUAAAGAAGUUAUUGUUGAAAGAGAAAACUAUUGUCUUGAUGGCAUGGAAAUGGAUUAUGAUAAAGGCAAGUGCUACUAUAGAGAGGAAGUUAAGGCUGUUUGUCCACAAGGAAGUAUUCAUUUUAGAGAUAGCUGUGCAAUAGUAAGAGAGCCAAUGAAAACUUGUCAGGAGCCAUUAAAGUUUGAUUUUAGCACAAAUAUGUGUAUUGAGAGAAAAGCAACACUCCCAACAGCAGCUUGUCCAGAAUCUUUUGUUUUUGAAACUUCUUUAAAGAUGUGUAUCCAGGAUCAUAUUGAGCCAAAGAUUUGUCCUGAAGGAUUUAAGGAUAUUGACGAGAAUAACUGUGCUACAUGGAUUCAACCAGAAUACAUUUGUCCUAAAGGUAGUCAGCUUGAGAAUGUUAAGCACCAAUCUCUUUGCAGAUAUGUUAAAUACUCGAACCCUAUACUUGAAUGUCCUUCUGGAUUUACUUUAGAAGGUCAAGUUUGUGUUUCAACUUCCGGGAUUAGUACUAGAGUCUGUCCCAUAGGAUUUGUUGAAGUUGAAGAUCAGUGUGUUAAUUACCAAGAGCCUCUUUUUCAUUGUCCUGAGGGAUAUGAGAAAACUAUCCACAAUGGUAAUAAAGUUUGUCUUAAUACCCUGUCAGUGGAACCAGAGAUCUCUUGUCCAAGUAUCUAUUCAUACUUUGACCAAUCUAGUAACCUCUGUAUUUCAGAAACUACAACAGAAAAGGAAUGUCCUGCUAAUUCUUUCAGAUCUAAGGAUUCCUGUCUACAAAAAGUAAAAGGAGAAUGGGAAUGUCCUCCAGGUACAAAAUAUAAUUCGGAAAGCCACUUUUGCCAGGAAAUAAUAACUAUUGAACCAAACAUUAUUUGUCCUCCAAACUCCAAAUUCGAUCAAACUACCUCAUCUUGCAUUGGAUACGAAAGGAAUUUACAUGUAUGUCCACCAGGGUACGAUGAAGUAGGGGAAAAUGAAUGUGCUAGUUUUGUUUCUCCAAAGAGAUCUUGUAAAAACUCCCAGAAUCUAGUUAAUGCACAAUGUGAGGAGAUUAAUUUCUCUCCAGCAGAGGUUAUUUGUCCUUCGGGUUCCGAAUUGUCAAAUUCUGUUUGUGUUUUAACGAGUGAGGAUAUGUCAAAAAGAAAGUGUCCUUUGAAUUCUUUGGAUUCUGGAGAUUACUGUUCAGUUAUAGAGUCCCCAGAAAAACAUUGUAUAGAAGGAUACAAAUUUAAUCCUGAGACACAAAAAUGUACUAAAAUCACUACUAGAUCUCCAGAUCUUGUCUGUGAGGAACCCAAUACUUUAAAUUUCUUAGGAGAAUGCGUAUAUACAGAGACCAUACCAAAAGUGUGUCCAAAUGGAUCAAGAGAAGACUCUUUGAAUGAAAAUUUUUGUAUCAUGGAAACUAAACCUAAAUCAAAUUGUCCAGAAGGAUAUUCUUUAAUAAACAAUAAGUGUAAAAAAGAAAAAAGAGCUGAGGUAGAGCUAAACUGUCCAGUAGGAUAUGAAAUUAAUAGCUUAGACAUGAGUUGCCACAAAACAAUACAAAGAAGUCAGAUUUGUCCUCCAGGGUUCUUGGAUAAUGGAGAUGAGUGUUUCAAGACUUUAAAACCCAGCUCUAUUUGUCCAGAGGGAUUUGGAAGAGAAGGGAAAUUUGGAGAUUGUGUUCAGAUUAAUAUCUCAGAGUCAAAAUCUCAAUGUCCAGAAGGAUCUGUUGAACUUAGUUCAGGAAUGUGUGGGACCAGAAAACCUCUCCCUCUUGAAUACAAAUGUCUUAAGGGGACUAAAGUUGGUGAUUCCUGUUUGGUUGAGAGCUUUAUGGAUGCUUCCUACGAAUGUCCCAAAGGAUAUUACUUAAGUGAAAUAAAACAGUGUCAGAAAUUGGUUGAAUAUGAUUGUUCCGAAGUCAGUAUAGUUUCCAUUCCUUGUGAAAGUGGGCUGAACACUAUAAACACCUCAUCUCUUGGGUUUUAUGGACAAAACAGAUCAGGAAUCUGUUCGCAAAUCAUUAGAAAUCAGAAAACUUGCUCCAGAACUGAAGCUUUUCCUCCAAAGAUUUCAUGUCCUUUGGGAUCUAUUAAUAUUGGAAAAGAGUGUUUAAAGAAGGAACACCUUCCAAUGACCAGAAUUUGUUCAGACCACGAAAAAACCCUAGAAACAUGCUUCAAAGAAUUUAUGAUCCCAAAAGUUAAUAUUUGUUCACCAGGUUCAUAUUUAACUGAGGAUAAUAAAUGUGCUUCUAUAUAUAGAAAAGCCCCAGAAUUGAUUUGUGAAGAGGGAUAUAAUAUGGAGGAAGGGAACUGUAUUCAAAUGACCAGUAAGGUCUGUCCUCCAGAAGGUUGUACUUCGAGAAACAUUGUUGAUUCACUUCGGGAAUGUCCUCCAGGAUUUCUUUUUGAGGAUGGUAUUUGUAUAUUCAGGCAUGAAGUCUAUCCAGAAAAGAUCUGUGAAAGGGGAGAGCUUUCCAGUACAAACCAACAAGUUUGUAUUGAAAGAAUCGUCAAAAUUUGUUCUCACAAUAAGUGUGAAGUAAUACAUAAACAAUCUCCAGAGUUAAAAUGUAGGGAAAACGAAAGCCUGAAUUCCAAGACAAAGCUUUGCGAGAAAGUAAACAUUGGGCCUCAAAUUUUGAAGUGUGUUAAACCUUUCAAAUUGAUAGGAGAUCAGUGUGUUCACCAGGUAUCCAAAGAAUGCUCAGGAGGGAACUGCUCAGUUACUAUUUCGAUCCCUCCGAGAAUCACAUGCAAACAAGGAACUUUGAUAUCUAGCAAUCAAUGUGAAAUUAUCAAAAGAACCCCCUCUUUACUUACUUGUCCCAAGGAUUUUACUCUUCAGGAUGAUUUAUGUGCUAAGUAUGUAUAUAAAGAAUGUUUAAAUAAUCAAUGCGAGAAAAAAGUACAUUAUCCUCCAAUUAUUGAAUGUCCGAGCCAAUAUUCACUUUUUCCCGGAGGAAAUUGUUCAAAAAAGGUUCAACAUCUCCCCCAAAUUAAAUGUCAUCUUGGAAGUAGUCUCAAGAAUUCUUAUUGCAUCAGAGAGGUUGAGGCAAUUUGCCCAGUCGAAGGAUGUUUGAUUCGUAAAACAUUGCCUCCAAUUUUAACUUGUCCCUCUGGUUUCGAAAAGAAUUCUCAAAAUUUAAGCCAUGGAGGGCCAGUGUGUAUGAAGAAACUAUUUAAUAACGGGGAGAUUUCUUGUCCAAAAGGGUCCAUUAUGUUUAAUGGAAGCUGUCUCACAUAUUCGGUUAAAGAAUGCUACAAAGAUAAAUGUGAAGAAUUAAAAACAAUCUCUCCCACUAAAGUUUGUCCUAGUGGAACAGAAUUAAUGAAUGAAAAUGUUUGUAAAGAAUCUGAGAUUGUUCCAAAAGAUAUGAUUUGUCCUGAAGAGUAUAUUCUAAAUGGAGACAAAUGUGUAUUGUAUAAAGAAAAGAUAUGCAAACACAAAGAUUGCAAAACUCAGAAAGUUAUUGAGCCAGAAGUAACUUGUCCUAAUGGAUUUAGACUAGAUAAGGCAAUUUGUAUUUGGGAAAAGUAUCAUUCCACAUUAAGUUCAUGCCCCAAGGAUUCUAUGAUGAUAAAUGGACAAUGCUUUUCAAUGCUAAAGAAAGAGUGUCCAAAUGAUACAUGUGAAAAUAAGAUAUAUUUUGAUUCAUUCUCAAGGUGUCCAAAAGGAUUUGUAGAAGCUGGAAAAAAAUGUAUUAUGGUUGAGUAUUCAGGCCACAAAAGAAUUUGUCCUCCAGGUUUAAUACUGAAAAAAAAUCACUGUCUGAGAUUUGCUCAGGCAAAGUUUAAGUGUCCAAUUGGUUUUAUGGAAGAAGGAGAAAAAUGCAUUAAACAGGUGAAAACUGAACCAAUAGUAACUUAUGAUUCUCAGUGUGUAGGGAAUCAAUGCAAUUUGAGCUCAAGUGUUAACAUUGCUCAACAGAAACAAACACAUCAUCAUACUCACUCUCAUCAUCACAAACAAAAAAAACACCUCUAA